AAAAUGGAAGAGACAAAAUCAAAAUUCAGGAGGAUCUGUGUCUUCUGCGGAAGCAGUUCUGGCAACAAAACCACUUAUCACGACGCUGCUCUCCAACUCGCCCACCAACUGGUGGAGAGAAACAUCGAUUUGGUGUAUGGAGGAGGAAGCGUGGGGCUAAUGGGUCUCAUAUCUCAGGCUGUUCAUGAUGGUGGUCGACAUGUUCUUGGAAUCAUUCCAAAGUCUCUAGCACCAAGAGAGAUAACCGGUGAUUCAAUUGGAGAAGUUAUAACGGUAUCGACUAUGCAUCAAAGGAAGGCUGAAAUGGGUCGCCAAGCGGAUGCCUUCAUCGCACUUCCUGGGGGAUAUGGAACAUUUGAAGAGUUGUUGGAAGUCAUCACCUGGUCUCAACUUGGGAUCCACACUAAACCAGUGGGACUACUGAAUGUGGAUGGAUUCUACGAUUCACUAUUGACGUUUAUAGAUAAGGCAGUGGAUGAAGGCUUUGUCUCCUCCACCGCCCGCCGUAUCAUCGUCUCGGCCCGGACUGCUCCUCAGUUGCUCCAACUUCUUGAGGAGUAUGUUCCCAAGCACGACGACUUUGUGUCCAAAAUGGUGUGGGACGAUAUUUCGGACGCUGCCACAUCUGAAGGCGACUCGUGUUAGAUUUGUGCUUACAUAUUUUAGUUUAUUAUCGUUUCUUGAAUCUCGUUUUUUC